CCCCGCCCCCGCCAGGCGUGCGUGUGUGUGGGUAUGGGUGUGGGUGUGUUGUGUGUUUGCGGCCCGCGCGGGUUGCACGCUCCCAGCUUCUGCGCCUGGUCCCCUAGGCCCGCCUGCUGCCGCCCCUGAGCCCCUCGCCCCGCCGGGCGUUGCGGGCCAACAUGGGCCAGGAAGAGGAGCUGCUGAGGAUCGCCAAAAAGCUGGAGAAGAUGGUGGCCAAGAAGAACACGACCACACAAUGGUCAGAGAGGGGCCUGAGGCAGAACCCACCGGCCUCAGUCCUCACCUUGUGGCAUCCACAGGAAGGGGCCCUCGACCUUCUGAAGAAGCUGAACAGCUGUCAGAUGUCCAUCCAGCUACUCCAGACAACCAGGAUUGGAGUUGCCGUUAAUGGGGUCCGCAAACACUCCUCAGACAAGGAGGUGGUGUCCUUGGCCAAAGUCCUCAUCAAAAACUGGAAGCAGCUGCUGGACUCCCCUGGAUCCUCCAAAGGAGAUAAAGGAGAGGAAAGAAAAAAAGCAAAGAAGAAAGAAAAAGGACUUGACUGUUCCAAUUGCAAGCCAGAGGCAGGCCCUUCUCCACCAAGAAAGAAACGAGGGGAAGAGCCCAAAGACAGGAGAGAUUCUGUGGACUCCAAGUCUUCAGCUACUUCCUCUCCAAAAAGUCCAUCGAUGGAAAGAUCAAACAGCAGCAAAUCGAAAGUGGAGACCCCCAAAACACCCGGCAGCCCCUCAAGCCCCACCUUUGUCCCCUCCGUCUGCCUCCUGGAGCCCUGCUAUCUCACAGGGGACUCUGUCCGGGACAAGUGUGUGGAGAUGCUGUCAGCGGCCUUGAAGACAGAUGAUGAGUACAAGGACUAUGGAGUUAACUGUGACAAGAUGGCAUCAGAAAUUGAAGAUCAUAUCUACCAGGAGCUCAAGAGCACAGACAUCAAGUACCGGAACCGCGUGCGCAGCCGCCUCAGCAACCUCAAGGACCCCAAGAACCCUGGCCUGCGGCAGAAAGUGCUCAGUGGGACCAUCUCCACCGGGGUCAUUGCCAAGAUGACAGCAGAGGAAAUGGCCAGUGAUGAGCUGCGGAAAUGGAGGCACGCCAUGACCCUGGAGGCUAUCCGUGAGCACCAGAUGGCCAAGACAUGCGGCACCACUACUGACCUCCUCCAGUGCCCCAAAUGCAAGAGGAGGCACUGUUCCUAUAACCAGGUGCAGACACGCAGUGCUGAUGAGCCCAUGACUACCUUUGUCUUAUGCAAUGAAUGCGGCCAUCGCUGGAAGUUCUGCUGAUAGAACUGCCAGCCAGGAUUUCAGUGAACAAGGUGCGGAAGAACAAAGAGAAAGCACUAAGUCGUCGUAACUGGAGAAACAAUAAAAAUUAAAAUGAAGAAAAACGUUGGG